UGACAAAACCUGCAGUGCAAUAACAGAGAGAAGAGAAGAGAAGAUUGAAAAAGCAAUCUCCGAGAGUCAAAGCUACAGCAUUGAAUCCUUCAUCACCAAGACGGCUCAAACCCCAGCUGCUGGGCAAACACAACACAGGACUACCAGAGCGGCAUCUGUGUUAGAAGUCUGUCAGACUGUCACAGAUGGAAUGGAGAAAGCUGCAGACAAUCCCCUAAUAUCACUGAAGCAAUACCUUACAGUCAACCUAACAAGGUUAUCAGUGGCACAAAGUGUAGAAGCAGAAAAGACCAUCGAAGACAGGAAAGAAAUAGUGGAGUUAAGUGGAAGGACCAGGCAGAGCAAGUGUCCCAGACCUGCACCUCUGUCGGUAAAGUCAGAAAAAAGAGGCUCCAGAUCUCGGCAGAGGCAGGGAGGAAGCUCAGAGGUCUGCACAGCUGAAGGUAACAGAGGGGUGAGGGAAAUGUUUUUCAAGGCCAUUGAUAAAGUAAAUUUAAGGGAGCGACAAGUAAGGGAAUCUGUAGGUGAUUUAACACACAGCGAGGGAAGGGGGAACGACAAGGUUAUAGAAAUACAAACGGUAUCGCAAGAAAAAGAGGAUUUACAGAAGGAGCAGCAGGACAUUGUAAAAGGGAAAUUUGAAAGUCAGAGAGAAAAGAGAAAUGAAGCACCUGCAAUUGUGGAAUGUAAAAGUAACACGGCCCUGGAAGAAGUGAAAGAAUCAGAAUGUAAAAGUGCGCCCAGUGAAAAAACCAGAGGAGAAAAUAACAUAGAGUGUGUUCAAAAUAAAGGUGAUGAGGGAGUUGUUAAAUCUUCAGAACAAAUGACUAAGAGUGUGAGCAAACAACCGGUAAGUAGGCAUGAAGAAAAUAUUGUCUUAAAGCAGGCCAAGGUUCUGCUAUCUGAUAUUUUAAGAAAAGAUACAGCUUUAAUAGAUAAGAGAUUACACAGAGAUAUUGUAGAAAGAGGGUUUUCUACUUUGGCCUCUAAAGAGAUGCAAAGUGAUGAGGGACAAGAAGAAUUGACAGAAACAAAUGGUGGCUGGUACAGUUCAGUGCAGAGGAGGAUUAUGAGGCGACGACAGUUGAGGCCUAGAAGAGCGAAAACAAAAGCAGAAGCUUAUCAGAGCACCAAGGGACACUUGAGCAAAGAAGGUUCAGCUCCACUGAAGACUGAGAUGAGAGAGGUUAGUUUGCAGCUUCAAUCACCAGCAGCUUCAAUGGGUAAUGACCCUUCGGCCACCUGCCUACGAGUUACGAGUAAUCUGCAUCCAGACACAAAUACACAGGCACACAUACAGUCCAACAUACCUCUGAAGAAACGUACAUUUCGCAGUUCUGAGGAAAUAGACCCUGAACAUGGUUUAAAUUCUGCUUCAGAUCAGGCUUCUAAAGAAGCCACUGAGUUAAAUUCAUCUGCAGAGCUGGAGAGUAGCAAAGUGAAAAGAGAUUGUAAAUGCAGAUGUAGGAGUACAGAAGUCCAGAGGUUAAACCCCCAAAGGAUCACAAAACAAAACUCCUUUAAGCGAUUUCUUCGGUCCCAUACUAGUGAAGUUCAGCGAAGCCAUUUAUUGAGGAAAGUUCGAAAGUGUAAAAUAGAGAGGCAAGAUGAUGACAUCGACAAGACUCGGAAACGAGCAAGUGAUAAACUUGUAAAAUGCAAACAAGCUGAGGAUCCUGCUAAAAAUCCAACUCCAAAUAAACAUAAAAAGGAAGACGAGGUAGAAACAUUGAUCCAGCAAAGUGAUUUGGAGGAGACAAAGCCGGUGCUGGAUUUUAAGAUUCGUUUUAAGAGGCGGAAAGGUAGAGUAUGGGAGAUGCAAAAAGCAGGAUUGGAAAAUUUGGCAUUAAAAACAGAAAAGGGAGAUGAUUUGCUGACAUGUGACCCUUUUAAAGCCAUCAUGGAUUCUGUAUCGAUUUUAAACAUGGAGAUGGAGGCAGCUCAGGCACAUGUGCAGGCCAGUAAGCAGUCAAAGAGCAGAUUACACCGGUUGAAGAAAAGAGGUGAGAGGCUUAUUGAAAUUAAUACAAAUGUAUCCUCAGACGUACCCAGUGAGACGCUCAGUGAGACGCCCAAUGACAAAGUAGAAAUGAAAGAAAGGCUUGAUAAGGACCCUUUAGAUGGAGUCAAACUGCUGCCAGAAAAAAUCAAGAGUUGUAAAAACGAUAGUGACAUGUCAGCUGUAGGGCACAAAACAAAGAUUGAAGAUUGUUUUGUUAAUAAUUGCUGCUUGUUUGAAACUGUGUCACAACAGAAACUGCAGCCUGAAUUGGAUUCAAAUGGUCUUCCGUUACCAGUAAUCAAACUACGCAGAAAGAUGGAGAAUAUUUGGGAGGUGGACAGCAAAGAGGGGCUCACACAAACUGAACUGAAAGUAGAGCCCAAAGUUAAGAAAGAGAUGAAAGGUUACAUUUUAGGGAAACAAAAGAAAGGAUGUCUCGACUUUAACAAACUCAAAGAAGAGUUCCCUUCACAAAGACUGAACAGCAACUCGGCCUUUCUGAAAACUGAACCGCCACCAUUCUCCUUGUCUCUGUCACCGCUGUCUCUGUCUUCCCCUCUUAAUGACAAUGAAACUGAAGUGAUAUCCUCUGCUGCACAUGCAAUCACUGAAAGGCCAGAGAUGAACAGCGGAGGAAGGAAACAGAGGCACAAAAUGGAGAGACCGCGGAAGUGUGGGCCUGUUGAAACACCCACAACUUGUCUUAGUCACACUCUCCAACAAAUUGACAACAGUCUCUCCAGGCUCUCAGAGGGCUUGUGUUCAUCUCAGACUUUGGAAAAGCCAACAGCGUGUUCCAGUGCUUCUAAUUCUGUCAUCCAGCCCCCGUCCCAGUCUCCUCUAUUCACAACUGCAGAUACCAUGCUUUCCGCUGAGCCCAGCUUCACAAACUGCUGUGAUGAUAUUCUGGACUUUCAGUGUCUGAACUUUGAGGGGUAUUAUCAGCCACAGAACAUACUUCCAUCUUCCCCAUCAGAUCUGUGUUCACUGGAUCCACCCACAGAUCCUUUCAGCAGUCCCCUCUCUCACAGCCCGCCUGAUACAUGGACCACUGAAACACCGUACCUUGGCCCUCCCAGUCCAGGAAAUAACUUCACCAGUGAGGAUCUGCAGUUUUUUCCAGGUUUAAUUUCUUCCAAAAGUGACUCUGGUCUUCUGGAAUGUGAACCGAAGGAUACUACCAAAGACAGAAACCCACCUAACCCCAGUUUCAGUUUUGCACCUCUCGGCAACAUUGACUUCACUGCUAAGGAUCGACUCCUUAGUAAAAAUCCAGGAAUGAGGCUGUCCAGAGAAGACCUCAGAACUCAGUCCUUCCCUGUAGUCGGCAAGCCUCGGUUGUUCAGUACAACACCAUCUUCUGUUACAUCUCACACUCCUGUUGCUUUAACCCAACCCUCAAUCAACGUCAAAACAUGCACCAGUCAACUAAAAGCCCAGUCGAACCAUAGAACCCAGGGUCCCUUCCAUCGUAUGAGCAUUCCUAGUAAACCCCAGUCUUUUUCAAGUAAUCUUCCGUACGCAGUAAGAGGAGUGCCUCAGAGUUGCUUGACAAGAUCCGUCCCACCAUCUCAAAUAUCUAACAAAUUCCCCUCUCCUCAACUCUUCACUGUGAAAAAUCCAAAUCCUCCUGACAAUCCAUUCAAAUUCCAAGAGAAAAGCUCUACUGUUAUUCACAGGGUGCUUAAAUAUCAGGGGGAGAACCAGAGUCAGAACUUGUAUAGUGCACCUUGUAAAGACGCUAUGGCUGCUGGCAGCCCAACAGUCACGUCUAGAACAUUUGGUAAUCUAGCAAAAUCAGGUACUUUUGAGAAAACCCACCAGAGUCAGAAGCUAGGUGUUGGUACAGACAGUCAUCUUAAAGGCAACAUUUCUGUUCAUGCAUUUGGAAAAGAUGUUGGCCAUCUUGGUUCCUCCAGCAACCCCAGCAGGUCCAACACUCAUUUUAACAAACCCAACUCUUUCCCUCAGUCGUUUAUUAAAAGUAGGAUGUCGUCUGACAAACAUGAAAGUGGUGAAACCAACAUGACAUACAAAAACAUACAAAGACCCUUCUUCUUUCCUAGCAAAGUGUCUGAUGGUUAUUUAUCACCACAAGACAAGAAAUCCAAUCCGUCGACCUCAGACAAGCACCAGCCCUGCUACACUCAGCAAGACCCUUUUGAUUUUAGCUUCGGCUCGUCUAUUUCGCCCAUGCCUCAGCACAACCCCCAAGUGGCUCACGGUACACCUCCUGGUACGCCAGCACCAGCAAACAAGAGUCAGUCGUCAGCCUCCACAGCCUCUUUCCCUUAUGGCUAUCAAGGUCCUCCUUACGUACUAAACUUUAGUGGAGAUCAUUCAUUGACCCUAGGUCUCAGGGAUGGGGCUGAGGGUUACCCAGGGUUAGGCUCAACAAACUACACCUACCAUUGUCUGAUGGAACCUUCAGGCACCCAAGGGCGACUGGUUCUCGAGCCCUGUGGACCCCAGUUGUCUAAUCCUGCAUCUUUUUCUUUGGGUGGAUUUUCAGGGCUCAAAGGUCAGGACGAACAUUGCAGGAAGGAUAUGCCGCAACAGUGCCAGCCUGGGGAACAUCAAGGCACACCACACUAUGGACCUGUUACAUCGUCUCACUCCAUGGGUGCCACAAAACCCAAGAGAGUGAGGCCAGUUGCGCUUAAUGGAAUGAGGUAUCGUACAAAGUCUUUGUAAUAGGAGUUCACCCAGAUGGAAGCAUUUAGAUAUUCACAUGUUACAUAAAGAAAUGUGACAAUCUUCUCACAGAGUAACUCACUUUUGUCUUUUUUAUUUUUCAAAGGAGUUAAUGAUUAUAUUACAGAAGAAGAACUUAAGGAUAUGUUGUUCAUCACCUGCAAUAGUGACCGUUAUUUUGUUGUCACUGAUGGAGCCACACAUUUAUAGGUGUUUAUAUUGUAAGCAGAGUUAUUUGCUGUGAUUGUGGAAGUUGCGCAAGCAUCCCCUCAUGUCAUGAUGCACUGUAUGUUGAACCCAUUUGACAUCAGUGGGCAGGAGUGUCCAGUGUGACUGCACAGCCUUUCAUUACUAUGAAAUUGUACUGUCUUGUUAUGGAAAGGCCAAUUAUUUAUUUUAAAAUCCUCAUCCUUGAAAUGGUGCUUUAAUGUAAUUUAUAUUUCACAUUGAUUGUUCAAACUAUUAAAUGUUUUUUUAUUAUUAUUUAAUGGGACAAAAUACUGAACUGAAUAUUUAGAUUGAGUAUUUAAUUUCACAGCCUUCGCCAUCUUAUCCAAUGUUUCAGUUGUUACAGGUAAAACUUUCUGUCUUUUUUUCUCAUUGGCAGUUAGUGUUACUGCAAGUCUGCUGUAGAAAUGUACAAAUGUAGCCUAUAUCAUUAAAGAUACUUAAUUCUUUUUUGCA